GGCUGCAGCAUCCGUCCCGCGUCAGUCCACUGCCGGAUUCCGUGGCGCGUGGUUCGGGUCUGCGUGGGGAGACGCGCAAGGCAGCUGUCGGAUCUUCCGGUUAGCGAGCGCGCGUCACGUUACGCGAAUAACCUCCGAUUCGAGUAAAUCGCCGCGGCGACAGGGUUACCAACUGGGUGUAACCGGGCGUUUCCGUAUUUCACGAAAACAUCGAGGAUAAAAGAAGGACAAAGAAACACGAGCGCGCUGUCGGUUGAUUUGUGAUCAGAGUCGAUCUCCGGUACCGUUCGAGGAGAAAACCGGUCGAGGGUCACGCGUGAUCCGACGUGUGAGCCGGACUGCUGUGAGCGUUUGUGUCUCGCGAUAACCGAACGAGGUUAUCGGGCACGCGGUUCUCUGUGAUUCCUCCCACGUCACAUUGCCGUCGUCAUUAUCGUCGUUGACGUCGACGUCGAAAAUUCUCGACGAUUUCUCCCGUGAUCGAGUAAUCGCCGGGGGCAUCGCGCUGCAAUCACCGAACACCUGCUGUCUUCUUGGAAGCCACGCGGGAAGAAGAAAGAUAUUUAUCUGUCACCAAAGAGCGAGUAUCAGGAUAAGAGAUGAAGAAGACGACUCUGUUAACCGUCGUAACGAUUUUGCUGUCGAUGACGACACGCGAUAUCGUAGCGGAACUUUACACCGCUUUGGCGGAUAUGGAGGAGCUGCUGGAAACGGAAGCCGUGCUGAUUGACACACUAAACGGAUACAUCACCGCGCAGGAGCAACGAUUGGCGACUCUGAGAAGAAACGUGGAGGAUUAUGCGAGAGAGCACGAGGAAGCAUCCAGAAACAUUCAGCAGUAUUUAUCGAAUCCCAUAAAUGCGUAUCUGCUGGUGAAACGGUUGACCACCGACUGGAAAAAAGUCGAGGAACUGAUAACCGAAGAUGUGGGCAAGUCCUUCGUCGCGAACAUCACGAAUUCCAGAAGUGAUCUAAAAUUUCCGACCGACGAGGAUCUCAACGGUGCUGCAGUCGCUUUGAUGAGGCUGCAAGACACGUACAAGCUCGAAACCGCGCAAGUUGCAAGAGGCGUUCUGAAUGGGGUGCAAUACAGUACUGGACUGACUGCGGGUGAUUGUUUCGAAUUGGGCCGACAAUCAUAUCACAAUCGCGAUUACUAUCACACGGUGUUGUGGAUGCAGGAAGCCAUGGACCGACUGCAGGAAGAACAAAACGCCACCACCACGUCCAAGCCUGAUAUCUUGGAAUAUUUGGCAUUUUCGAUAUACAUGCAAGGUAACGUUGCCCGCGCAUUGAGCAUGACGAACGAAUUGCUAGAAUUGGUGCCGACGCACGAGAGAGCUCUGGGAAAUCGUGCAUAUUAUCAGAAGGAGAUUCAAAGCAAGGCUAGUCAAUCGAAGAAGAAGCGAGGUGAGGACGGACAGGACGAUACAGCGAUACCCGAACAGAACUUUACUGUCGCCGAGGAGAGGGUGAAAACGUGGGAGGAAAUGACGGAGAGGGAGAGAUACGAAAUGCUUUGUCGCGGCGAAGUAUCUAUUCCGCUGGAGGUGGAGAAGAAUCUCAAGUGUCGUUACGUCGACCGUGGAAUUCCCUUCCUGAAAAUCGCGCCGUUUAAGGAGGAGGAGGCGUAUCUGGAUCCCCGGAUAGUUGUUUAUCACAACGCGAUCUAUGAUGAGGAAAUCGAGACGAUCAAGCGAAUGGCUCAACCCAGGUUUAAGCGCGCCACGGUACAGAAUUACAAGACGGGUGCCUUAGAGAUAGCGAAUUACAGAAUCAGCAAGAGCGCGUGGCUUCAGGAACACGAGCACAAGCACGUAGCGGCGGUGAGCAAACGCGUAGAACAUAUGACGAGUAUGUCCGUCGAGACAGCCGAAGAGCUCCAAGUUGUCAAUUACGGCAUUGGCGGUCACUACGAACCGCACUUUGACUUUGCCAGGAAAGAAGAAACGAAUGCAUUCAAGAGCCUUGGGACUGGCAAUCGAAUCGCUACGGUUCUAUACUACAUGAGCGACGUUGAGCAAGGCGGUGGUACCGUAUUCACCGCCAUCAACAUAUCGCUUUGGCCGAAAAAAGGUAGCGCGGCGUUUUGGUAUAAUCUUAAACCUAAUGGCGAGGGCGAUUUUAAAACCAGACACGCGGCUUGUCCAGUACUUACAGGAUCGAAAUGGGUGGCAAACAAAUGGCUGCAUGAAAGAGGCCAGGAGUUUCAUAGACCCUGCACGUUGGAAAACCAAGCGACGGACGAGGUGGACAUUAGGCACUGAAAAGAGUACUCUAUGACUUCAAUCGCAACUGCGACGGAGGAUAAAUAGAAGAAGCGCGCGUAUAUACUAAGAAAUAUAUUGGACUUCUCUACUCUGACGAAUAAAGAGACGUUUUACUCUCGAAACAGCGAUCUCCGCAAGAAGGCACGCGGUACAGACUGUCGUUUAGGAACGAAUGUGGAAAUGUCUCGGGCCGCGUGCAAAAAGCGACAGUGCAAUUUAGCGUAUAUUAAGUAAGCCGUGAGGGAGAUCGCUGCUCGUUCAUUUUCGAGAACGUCACCGGCACAAUUCGCGUAAUUUAACAUCCACACGGCAGGCUAUAAGAUUACGAUCUUUCUUGCUGAUUUCACUGUGGAACACGAUCCCUCGCAUUACGACAGCAAUUAAUGUAUCCUUAAUCGAGGUACUCAGCCGCAAGCGAAAACCGGUGAAAAGCGGCGGAGACUAUCCGGACGAGAUGAGAGAUUAAUCGGCCGCUUUAUUUCCCGUACGCUUUUCCCUUUGACCCUUUGAAACGAGCUUAGUAAAACAGAGAUGGCCACGGCUGCGCGAGGCGCGUACGAACAAAGUUACUCUUUACGAUCGUGGAUUUUACGCGCGUUUUGUUUUUCGUCUGAUUCGACGCUGCGCGACAUCUUGCAGUUUGCGACUAUACGGCAAACGUAACGCGGUGAUAUUUAGCGCUGCUGCGCGAGGUUGUUGUGGCGAGUAUAAAGUGGUGAAUGAAAGAACAGGUCGUAACUUUUGCUUUUAAACGGGAAGUAAGAGCAGAGAAAAAGAGCACUGUGCGCGUACGUAUACCAGUUUAUUGCAUCCACAGUUCGCAUCGUUCGAAAGAGCUUCUCGCGGCAGAAACAAGACUUGUUGUAAUAACCGAUCAGCCUCGCUCAUUAACGCGUUACGUUAAUUGUUUCUACGAGGGUAACCGAUGCACUAAGAUAUUACUAUACGUCAUAGCCAAAGCAAUAAUAAAUUGCGCACAUUCUGGCCAGUCUCCUCUUAUCGUAGAAUAUAGUGUGAUGUAGAAGAACGCGAUGUAACUUAUUAGCUCGUAGAUUUAAUUGUAACUCAAGCGUAAUCGUUAACGCGACCCUCACAAGUGGGGAAAGUCGCAUCUCGAUUUUGAUAUUAUCGUGCAAUAACGAGACAUUUCCGUCGGGAUGUAUUUCGGCAGAGAACGUUCUCUCGUGACGGACCGUUCUUGUCGGCUGGCUGUAAAUAACGAUGAUUCCCAAUGCAUCGUUUAAUCUUCCCGAUUGGACCAGGCUCUGUAUACGAAUUGUUUGUAAAGCGAUAAACGAUAUUGUUCCAUGACAUCGCUGCGUUCUUUAAGACAGUAAUGUAAGAACAAGCAGUGCGGUAACGUAUUCUAGAUUGCUGCAUCGCGGCGAAAUUUAAAUCCUGGACUCGAGUUCAUGAUAAAAAAAUUCUUCUGAGAAGUAAAAUUAGUAGACUUGUGCCACACAAGCUAAGAAAACAACAAAAGCACGCUAUGAUUAUUGCAACAUCAUUCGAACGAAUAACAGAAAAUCCAGAUUCGUGAAAUCAAUUGUCGUUAGACAACAGCGAGGGCUGGUUUUGAAAAUCGCCAGCGUCAAUCGCCGGACAAAGCAGGAUAGUUAAAAAGCAGGCACAUGAUUUUCUGAACGCAGGAAAGGAAGAUAAUGAGAUAUUAAUUUGUUUCCACGAUUCGAAAAGCAUCAUUCAUUACGAAUUCCUUUCGGAAGGUUGCACUGCCACUAUCCAGUAUUAUUUGAGUACUAUGGAGUAUUAGAGUAUGCUAGAAAAUCGUUACAACUAAGCCCCAGAUUAUAAAGAAUCGGGAAGCUGAUACUUGUUGCUUGAUAAAUCACCAGUUUACGAUACCAUCGCUGUACGUACAUUUUGGGCUGAAAAACAAAUGUGUGUUUUAAACUAACCACCGUAUUCGCCAGAUUUAUUAUCGUGCGACUAUCUUCUGUUCAAGACAAUUAUAGGCAAAAGUGUUACAAAAUGUUUAGUAGCAGUACACAAAAUAGAAUAACAAAUAUGAUCAAGGAUAUUAAUAAAAGUGACAUGAAUGCAUCUAUCCAUUAAUUGCAGCGUACCGAAUAUCUUAUUGAUGUAAAAAUGAAUUAUAUACCACCAGUAUGUCGUUUUCAGCAAAAUAAAUAAUAUUUUCUUUUUUUAAAUUAGUUUCUUUUUCAAUCUGUUGGGUAUAAUCGAAAUAUCAAGGACAGAUAUAUGCAAAUACUGGCAAUAUAUCGAUCAAUUUAACAAAAUUGUCGCUUUUAUGUUAUUAUAUAAUUGUGUCAUCCUUAUUGUAAACGUAUGAAACUUGAAGAACUUAUAUCUUUUUUGUCAAAUUUUUAUGAUACUAUGUCCUUUUAAUAAAAUGAUUUAUUUAAAUUUUAUAUGCGAACGCAUUUAUUGUGGGCUAAUAUUAGUUUCCGCACGAACUUGAUUAUUUUUUAGUAAAUAAAACAUGCGCGAGACGUAAGGUUGAUUCGUAAAUUCUGUGCAUAUUAAGAACUAUUGUAUUUUAUUCUAGAAAAAUGUUGUUGCGCUUUGUAUAAGUUAGAAUAUUUUAAUAUCACAUUAUUUCACGUGUUUUACAUAUUUAUUUUUAAAACUGGUUCGUUUUGAUUUGUGACGUAGAGAUACGUGCGCUAAAUAAAUAAUAACUGAAAUCGAACUUAAAGUUUAAUUAUGAAAUACAUGUAUUUUAAAAAAUACUAAUUGGCAAAGAUCUGUAACUAAAGCUAUAUACCACACAUUAGUUAGAAAAACUUCUAUAAAAUAUUAUUUUAUAACAAUAAUUUUUCAUUACUUUAUGGAGAGAGCGAAUAUUAUGUCACAUAAUGUCACUAGAACUGUUACUAUGAAUAAAUGGAGGAUGAAUAACAUUAAGAAUGCAAACCGAAUCAAUUCUAACAGCCUUGUGCGAGCGACUGAUACCUAUAUCUAAUUGUGAUUACUAUCGUUUUGUUAAAACAAAGAAAGUAAAUAAAAUGAGAUGUAUCACAUAAAUGCCUGUGACAUUCCACUGAAGUAUGUCGUUGCCAUUUAUUGUUAUUAAACUUUGUACCAUCAAAUAAUCUAAAAUAGAUAUUUC